GGUUUGGUUUAUACCAAUCGUUCUUAUCAAGACGCUGCUAAGGGCGCCACCUUUUUUCGCCUUCAUACGCCUGCAGUAUUGAUAACCAUGCCGACGCCCGAUUUUAGUAUGCCCUUCAACGUGCUCUGCCUUGUAUGCUCUCUUAUCGCUAUGCUCUUCGGAACCAUCCAUAAGGCUACUACCGGCUGCCUUAAAGUGAAACUACCAGAUAAAUCCAAGAGCUGGCUGAGUCAAAUCCUAAACUUGAUUUCUUUUUUUCGCAGAUCCAAAAAGUCAGGAAUGUUGCUGAAGCCUAAAGAAAUCAAUUCUUCAUCUACAGUUGCAGAAUCUUCUGAUUCUAGAUUGAAAAUCGAUUAG